CAAAAGGCAAGAAAAAAAAGAGACUGAAUUGUGUCAAGUAAAAGGCCGCAAGAACAAUGUCUAUGUCUAUGAGCAACAUGGCCAUGGGCACGUCAUCGGCGAUGGCAUCGAUGACAAGCAUGACGAUGACUGGUACUGCAACCGCUUCGAGUGCUACAUCCACUGCUAUGAAAAUGAGUAUGGGUGGGUCGUGCAAGAUCUCGAUGCUGUGGAAUUGGAACACCGUGGAUUCAUGUUUCAUCGCUGCCAGCUGGCACGUAACUUCGAAGGGCAUGUUCGCCGGUUGUUGCGUCGGAGUUAUCUUCCUCGUUGUCGCGCUUGAGUUCCUGCGUCGGUGUGGCAAAGAGUAUGAUCGUUAUCUCCUGCGUGAGCAUCAAAGGAAACUUGCUGUCGUUGGAACAACAACUUCCUCACCAUGCUUUUCCAAUGCUCACGCCAAGAACAGCACCGCAUCGAUCGCGAGUCGAUGCGCACCAGUGAUGAGGUUUAGACCAAAUGUACUACAGCAAGCAGUAAGAGCGCUGGUCCAUAUGUUGGCUUUCGCAGUAGCAUAUUUUAUUAUGCUACUAGCUAUGUACUAUAACGGCUACUUCAUAAUAUGCAUUUUCAUUGGGGCUUACAUUGGAUUCUUCAUAUUUGGAUGGGAGACUGUCUCACUAGGAGGGCCGCAAGAGGAAACGACUGUGUGCUGCGGAUAAGCUUGAAGGAUUACGAUUGAUACUCUCGAUGAGGUUGCAAUGACAUCCGAAUCGUAGAAUCACAAUGUAUCGCAGAUGCUCCUUGAAUUCUGUCAAGAGGUUUGAUACUAGCAUUUUCACUGUUCUCUGCUCCAAACGACUGUUUCUACUGUUUCUCGGCGCUCGGAUUCCAUUUCGCCCGCGCAUGGCCGAGAUGCC